AUGAGGGUGCUCGCGAUCAUCCUGCUGGCAGGAUUGGUUGCAGGCGCGGCCGCGCAAGUGCGCGCCAACGACUUCAACUUCUUCCCAAGCGCCGCGGCGGCCAACUGCACCCAGGGCGACUGCGCGUUCCCGGCCGCGUGGUGGCGGCGCAACCAGACCGAGUACAAGGCCCUGGGCAACGCCAACGGCGCCGGGCUGCUCAAGAUCGCGGUCAGCGAUUAUUUCCCAGAGGGCCCCACCCUGUACGUCGUGCCAGGCGCCUGGUGCGACACCUCGGGCGCGCUCGCCAACGCGUCCACCAGCGGCCUGCGCCCGCGCGCGUCGCGGCGGCGCUUCCUGCGUUUCCUGAUGGCGGACGAGGCCAAGGCGUGGCAGCCGCCCAGCGUGACGGUCAACGGCGGCAUGACCUGCACCAUCCUGGGGGAGGACGCCGUCAGCUACAAGGUCGGCGGCGGCGCGGCGCAGGCGGCGGAGCGCGUGAACAACGGCGCCUACAAGAUCCCGCUGCCCAACAACAUGGCCGACGGUGAGACCUGUGUGGAGGUGAUGGCGGUCUACAACACGAGCCGUGUGGCCACCAGCCCGCGCUACGACCAGUGGUACGAGCCCCUGGGUGAGGACACCACCACCUUCAGCCGCAAGUUCUGCCUCUACAAGCUCACAAAGCAGGCCGACGCGACCCUCAAGUUCGACAUGUGCACCUCCAACAAGUUCACCCUGAACAUCAGCAACAUCACCCCCCUGCCGGUCAACGUGUCGCUCAACGACAAGCCGCUGCCGGCCAACCUGUUCCGCCCCCUCAUCAAGAUGUGGGGCGGCAAGGUGUCUGAGCUGGACGGCAGCCCCAGCGGCAACGCAUACGACGAGCUCUCCAGCCGCAGCGAGGCCAACUACAUCGCCAAGUUCUUCCCCAUCGCCAGCUCCUACGCGGGCGAGAAGCUCAGCUUCCCGCUGAGCGAGAAGCUGCAGGAGGGGUACUACGAGGUGUCCGCCGUAAUCUCCAUCGUCACCCAGUACCCGGCCCUGACCAACCUGACGGGCCUCAACCAGAUCACGCAGGACGACGAGUCCGGCACCAGCUCCAAGGUCACGGGGCUCUUCGAGGCGGCGUCCCGCAUGAUCCACAACGCCACCCUGGUGGGCGUGCAGAAGAACAGCACCCUCACCACGCUCAGCGCCAUCAGCAGCGCCAGCCACUCCGCGGGCGAGGCCGUGCAGGCGGGCGACAAGAUCGUGCUCAACUGGAAGUUCCGCGGCAUCGGCUCCGCGACCUGCACGCACGACGGCCAGCCCGCGAGCAACGCGGCCAACGGCAAGUGCGUGAGCCCGCUCACCAUCACGGCCAAGGACUUCGGGUCGGCCAAGACGCGGCACAAGGUGGAGGUGACGUUCACGGACGUGUGCGGGCGCGUGAAGAACGCGGGCUUUGAGUACAACCAGGAGGGCGUCAAGACGCUCAGCGCCACGGAGGCCCUCAACGACGACGGCACCAUCCGCAUCGUCGGCGGCGGCAACAUCGGCGGCGGCGCGUACAACGCCGCGGGCGGGUUGCGCGCGGCGGGCAGCCUGGUGCUGGGCGUGCUGGGCGCGCUGGUGCUGCUCCUGCUGUGA